CACAGCUCCUGCUGCGCAUGCCCAGUAACAACAGCACACAAUGUCAUGGACGCGUUCAGGGAGGAUAUCUUGCAUUGGAAUGCAAUCUCCGCGUCGUCGUUAGUGAAAAUGAACCUCUGAACAAUCAGAAUGAAUGACAUGAACCUCAGUCCAGUGGGCAUGGACCAGCUUAGUGUGCCCUCUGUGAGUGCCAGCCACAUGGGUCUGCCCACCUCCCCGACCCACAACCCAAUACCCACAGCAGGCAUGCCGGUGGCCAUACCCAGCUUGGGUCCUUCUCUAGGGUCCUUGCCGUCAGCCCUGUCCCUCAUGCUUCCGCAUGCAGGGGUGAUGUGUGGCCUCCCUGAGAGGAACUACUCGCUGCCUCCUCCACCCUACCCACACCUGGAGAGCAGCUACUUCAGACACAUACUACCUGGUAUCCUGUCCUACCUGGCUGACCGUCCACCUCCCCAAUACAUCCACCCUAGCAGCCUCAACAUGGAUGGGACUCUGGCCGUGCCCAGCAACAACCCCCCAGGCAUGGACCACUACAGUGGAACGGGAGGCCCCCUAGAGCAAGGUCUGGUGUCCCUGGACUCCCGACAGGUGGGGGGUCAGGGGGACCUUCACUCGGGCGGCAACCACGAGGUGCAGCUGGACUCCAAUGGACUAGCCAUGGAGUCCCGAGUCAGCAGCCCCAUGUCCCCUGACCGCAUGAGGGAGGAGCUGGCCUCUAUGGAGGGGGUAGGGGUGGUGGCUGAGAACCAGCAGCAGCUUGGGGGGAGGUCUCAGAACCACGAAGGCCUGGGUGGGGUGGACUCUUCUGGGAGUGUGAUGCCCCUGCAUGGACCCCCUGGGCUGGAGCUGUCGGUGGUGAUGGAACCUGAACACCUGGGGGGUCGGGUAGGGAACGCAGGGGGAGGAGGAGGAGGGGGCCUGGGGGAGGCCCUCCAUACGUCGGGCGAGCUGAACUCCGGGGUGGUCAGUGUGGUCCUGUCAGGCUCCAUGGCUCCCCAAUCCCAGUUGGAGCCCGUAUCCCUGCAUGGGCACACGGGGAUGGGGCUGGAGCAGGUAAACGUGUCCCCCAUCACAGCCGAGGUGUCCCUGGGGCCAGAGAACAGCCUGGUGCUGGUCAACUCCACCCUGCAGCUGGAGGAUUCAACGUCCAACAAGGAGAACAUGGUCACCGCCUUCACCAUCUGGUGUACCCUUUGUGAACGCUCCUAUCCCUCCGACUGCCCAGAACACGGUCCAGUCACCUUCAUCCCUGACACGCCCAUCCAGAGCCGAGCCCGUCUCUCCCUGCCCCGCCCCCUCUGCCUCCGCAUCUCCGUAGCUGGCGAGCCUUUGGGUGUGUUUGCGCGAGACAUCAUUCCCCCCAGGACCUGCUUCGGGCCAAUGGUUGGGCAGCACUGUAGCAAUGUCGACCUUUCUGAUUGGCCGGACAAGGACACACCCCAGAUAUGGAAGAUGUUCCACAACAACGUUUUGGAGUUCUGCAUUGUGACCACAGAUGAGAACGAAUGCAACUGGAUGAUGUUUGUCCGAAAGGCAAGGACCAGUGAGGAACAGAACCUGGUGGCCUACCCUGACAACGGCAAGCUGUUCUUCUGCACCUCCACCGAGAUCCUGCCUGACCAGGAACUGCUCUUCUACUACACCAGAGACUACUGCAGGCAGAUGGUUGUCUCCCAGGUGCCUGAGGGUCAAGUCUGUCAGUGUGGGAAAGAAUGCUCCUCCUUCGCUGAACUCAAGUCUCACCUAAACAGCCAUAACAGCCACAGCCACCCCCAUGCCCACAGCCCCUCUCAGGACCACUCGCAGCAACAGCAGCAGCAGCAACACCACGCCCACCAGGAAGAGAAACUAGCCAAUGGGACCUCGAGCUCCUCCUCUUCCCCCUGGCCCUGCCACUCGCAUAACAACAGCCUCUCCGGCACCAACGCGAACACUGCCGGUCACGGCCACGCGAGGGAGAGGAGGUUUAAGUGCAGCGUGUGCUCCAGGGCCUUCACCACCACCACCAAGCUCAACGUCCACUUCAUGGGUCACGUGGGCAUGAAGCCACACAAGUGUGAAUACUGCAGCAAGGCCUUCAGUGACCCCAGUAACCUGCGCAUGCACCUCAGGAUCCACACAGGUCAGAAGAACUACAGGUGUACGGUGUGUGAGAAGUCCUUCACCCAGAAGUCCCACGUGGCGUCUCACAUGGUGAUCCACACGGGAGCCAAGAAGAUGAACUGCGAACUCUGUGACAGGACGUUCAUCAGGAAGCACGACCUCAAGCAGCACAUGUUCACGCACACUCAGGAGCGCCAGAUCCAGUGUCCGAAGUGUGACAAACACUUCCUGAACACCAACCACCUGAAGAAACACAUGAACUCUCACGAGGGCAGGCGGGACUACAUCUGUGAGAAGUGUCACAAGGCCUUCCUCACCAAGUACCACCUCACACGCCACCUCAAGAUCUGUAAGGGCCCCAAAACGGACAGGGGUCCCCGGCAGGAUGAGGAGGGGGAGGAAGAGGAGGAGGAGGAGGAAGAGGAGGAGGAGGAGAACGAUAGUGGAGGUGGAGGAGUGGAAAGACUUAUCGAUCCAACAAGCAGCGAGGACUGUGCUUUAGAAGUAAGUGGUUAUGCUUCCGAAAAAUCCUUAUCACCUCAUCAUUGACUCAGCAUUCUAUUGUGCCUCAUUUAUCAUGUUAAUUUAUUGGGCUUUUGUUUUUACUAUGUAUUUGUAUCUUUUCUGUUCAGUCUAAAUUCUUUUGUCCGGAUGCUUGCCAAACAAUGGGCACAAUGAACCAAUUAAAAUGCCAUACAGCAUACAUAUGUCACAGCAAACAAAAUCACAUUGAUAAUAGCAGACAACUUCACAUUUUCAUGACGUACACUGAGUAUAUGAAAUUGACAUAAUAUUGAGAUGUGUGUACUCAUCUUGAUAAAGAAAAUAUUUUAGCUUUUUAAGUGUGUCACAUGGCAGUGAACCUCUUGGAAUUUGUCUGGAUCAUAUUGUUAUUUUGUACAUAAGUCACUUUUUACUCAAAGUAUUUAUGGAAGAGAAGAAUUUAGUUCAAAUCAAGACUGUGUUCUGGUGCUGAAUGAAUGUGAGUGUGUUGUUAAAUAAAUAUCUUUGUUUAUA